AUCCCAAAAAUUGGUUUGGUUUGGUUUGAAGAGAGAAAGAAAGAAAAAAGAGAUCCAUAAUUUUGGUUUGGUUUGGUUAGAGAGAAAGAAAGAAAGAAAGAAAGAAAGAAAGAGAGGAUGGGGGCCAUAGUUACUACUAUUGUAGAUGUAAUACUGUUGUUAUUCUUCACGAUCAUCGCUGUGGCAGCGCCUCUCCUCGACGCCCAGACUUUUCUAUCGCCGCACUACUUCCCUGAGAUUCUCGUCGACUUUAAACUCUGGUAUGCCCGUGAAUUCGGCGAUUAUUUGGUCGUCGAUAAGCCCCAUUUCUUUGUCGGCCUUGUUUGGCUCGAGCUCUUCCUUCAGUGGCCUCUGGCGCUCGCCAAUAUCUAUGGCAUUCUUGCUGGCAAAUCCUGGUUGCACACCACCUGUUUGAUCUAUGGUGUCUCCACUUUCACUUCCAUGGUUGCUAUACUGUCUGAAAUAGUUGGUUCUCCAAAGUCAUCAGAUAAGCUAAUAAAGACAUAUGCCCCUUUCAUUGGAUUUGCGACUCUAGCCAUCUUGAGGGGCCUAUUUUCACAACCUAUCAAGAGCACCAUAAUUGGAAGAAGACCUUUUCUCAAUAGGAAAAAGAAAGCUUGAUGAUGUUUAAUGUUUGUUUGUUUGUAUGCAAACUUUUUUCAAUACAUAUAAUAUAGUAAUUAAACUUGCAGUAUAAUUGCCAUGCCCGAUGACAACUUUUUAAUUAAUCUCUGUAUGUAUGACAUUGUUGAUCAUUUACAUUGUUGUUUUCUUGAUAUUAAUUAUAUAUUAAUAAAC